AUGGCUGUGGUAGUGAAUGGCGACACUGGCGGGGUUAACGGAGAAUGCAGCCGGAAGGGUCUUGAUAUUGCUAUUGUAGGCGCUGGUAUUGGUGGGCUAGGUGCUGCCAUUGGAUUACGCAGGGCUGGGCACAAUGUCUCUUUGUAUGAACAAUCCCAAUUCGCAUCAGAGGUCGGUGCUGCAAUUCAUCUUGCUCCAAAUUCUAAUGGUAUCCUGCGCCGUUAUGGCAUCAUGGCAGAGGAGUUUGGUGCUGUGGAAAUGUCGCGCUUGGCUGAAUACAACGAAAAGGGCGUCGAGACAAGAAAGGUUGACCUGAGAGAACAGAACAAGAUAUGGCAGCAUCCAUGGAUGUUGGUGCACCGUGUUAAACUACAUGAUAAGUUAAAGCAGAUCGCGACUGGAAAGGAUGGGAAAGGAAGACCUGCAGAGCUUCACUUGUCGAGUAAGGUAUUGGCAGUUGAUACAGAAAAUGCGACGAUCACGUUGGAAGGGGGAGACAAAAUACAGGCAGAUUUGAUAUUAGGGGCAGAUGGCAUAUAUUCUAAGACCAGAGAAUGUAUUACCGGGCAACCUAACAAGCUCUUUGGGUCAGGAAAAGCUGCAUUCAGAUUCCUUAUUCCCCGAAAACUUGCCAGUGCAGAUCCCGAGAUAAAAGGACUGCUCGAAAAUGACAAUGAGUUGGUUAUUUGGUACGGGGCCGAUAGACGUGUUGUGGUUUACCCAUGUGAUAAUAACGAACUACUAAAUUUCGUCUGCAUUCAUCCCGAAGGAGAAUCACAAGGUGGCACUACUGAAUGGAAUAAGCAAGCCUCUAUAGAUGACCUUCUGAAAGUAUACCGAGACUUUGAUCCAAAGUUACUAUCACUUUUCAAAAAAGCCGAUCCAACCAGUUUGAAAGUUUGGAAGCUCCUGGAUAUGGAGGUCAUGCCAACAUGGAUCAAAGGGAAGAUGGCAGUAUUAGGAGAUGCCGCACAUCCUUUCUUACCACAUCAAGGACAAGGUGCAGGAAUUGCCUUGGAAGACGGAGCCACUUUGUCAGUGGUCCUUCCCUUAGGCACUCAACCUGAAGAGGUACCAGAGCGACUUAAGCUCUAUAAGCAAAUUCGUUAUGAACGCGCAAACAACAUCCAAGAUUACUCUCGACAGGCUGGUGUUGACUGCGUGGAUGGAAAGCCUGCUAUUGAUAUGAUGAAAUACACAGCUUACAACUUUGGCCAUGACGAGUUUGACAACUCAACAAACAUUUUCCUCAAAUGGCGACGCGCCAAACAUCCGGAACUCUACUACCGCAUGCCGAUUGCGUUCGGCCCUGCACCUGGCCCGAGACAAGACAUAUGGGGCAACCCCAGGUCCAGCCUAGAUCAAACGUUCCUUACGGCAUCUAUCAAAUUUCGAACCUCCGCAACAUUUCUGAAGAACCUGUUUCCAACCGAAUCGUUUCGCUUUAAGUCCCCUGGUUCCGUGGCAUAUGCGAGUUUCUCGACUACUACUCUGGGAAACAUGACAUGGUUAGGUGGUGGCGGGUACAAUCACUUCGGAUUAUACAUCCACGGAGUCCAAUAUACCAAGCGAGAUGGGACGAUCAUUGACGGAACAUACAUGCCCCUCCUAUUCGAAAGUUUAGCGGACCCAAUAAUAUCUGGCCGGGAAGACCUAGGAAUGCCUAAGGUAUACUGUGCAAUCGAUAUCCAUCGUCGAUCCGAAUCAUAUCGUAUGCAGGCGUCGUGGCAAGGCGCUAAAUUCUGCGACUUCAACCUUGAAGGUCUCUUAGCUACCGAUCCAGCGACAGAAAUGGGGACAAUAGGCGGGGAGUCCGACUACGGAAUCCUGACAUACAAAUAUAUUCCUGCGGUAGGUAAAGAUAUGAGAGGAAAAUCAGACUGUGAAUAUCCAAUCGUGGUCCCUCAUGAAGAAGAGUCGAAAGUGGUGCCAUCGACGGUCAAGAGCGUUGCGAAGCCGGCAAAGGCUAGCGUUAGCUUUGACAAGUUGGAUUUGGAUGCACUACCCACAUUACAUCAUAUUGUGACUGUGCUUGCAGAUAUUCCAAUUUACGAGGUCGUGGGUGCGAAGGUGGUGGAAGGUACUGGGGUGCCGGAUGUUAGUACUGCGAGGAGAAUCGAGUAGGAUUUAGUUCAGAC